UUCACCUAACCUCAAACCAGAAAGCACCUUUAUGAGCUCUUUAGUCAUCUUUAACAUAGUAUGUAUAAAAUGAUUGUAAUAAAUGUUGUGACUCCAUAUUGUGCUUGUCCUCCAAUAGAACAUAUUUUGAAUCCUUUUCUAUGAUAAGAAGUGCGUUUCAUCAUCGUCAGGACUAUUGAUCUAUUUUUGUCACUCUUUUUUUUCAUCCGUAUCAUGAUUACGAUGAUGAACCCCUUGCGCACUUCAUCACUUCUGUUCCUCUUACUACUGUUUUUUCCACCAAUAAUGUGUAAACAUUUUCUACCAGUUGUUAUGUGGCAUGGAAUGGGUGAUAACUAUCUCGGGCUUUCAGGCAUCAAGUCUUUCAUUCAGAGUAAUGUUCCCUCUAACGCUAGUAUUUUUGUUCAUUCUCUCCGAAUUGGAAACACGGUUUUAGAGGACACAGAGAAUGGAUACCUCUUGAAUGCAAAUAAGCAAGUUGAAUUUGUGUGUAAGGAGUUACUUUCAAUGCCAGAGAUGGAAGAUGGUUACAAUGCAAUAGGUUUCUCUCAAGGCUCCCAGUUUUUGAGAGCUGUUGCCCAAAGAUGCCCAAAGCCAGCAAUGAGAAGUCUAAUAACUUUAGGGGGUCAGCACCAAGGAGUUUAUGGCAUACCCCACUGUCCAGAUGGAGAUAAAUAUUGCAAUUACAUCCGGAGACUCCUGAACUUUGGAGCUUAUUGGGAUUGGAUGCAGGAGGAUUUUGUUCAAGCUGAAUAUUGGCAUGACCCAUUGGAUGAGGACACCUACCGAAAAAAAAGUAUCUUCCUAGCUGACAUUAAUAAUGCACUGACAAUCAAUGAACUUUACAGAACAAAUUUGAAAAGACUGAAAAAUUUUGUAAUGGUUAGAUUUAAUAAUGACACAAUGGUCAAUCCUGUUGAGUCGGAAUGGUUUGGAUUUUAUACUCCUGGACAAGCAACUGAAAUUACCCCUCUUAUCAAAAGCAGCCUUUUUGAUAAAAAUUCGGACCCAUUGGGAUUAAGAUGGCUCAGUGAUAAUGGGAGGCUGAAAUUUCUUGAAGUCGAUGGCAAUCACUUGCAAUUCACCAAGAAAUGGUUCCUAGCAAACAUUUUGAAGCCUUACAUUUACACUGAUUCUGACUGAAAUUUUCAGUCUAAAAAUAAGUUACUUUGCAAGGAUGUGAUUUAGGUAGUAAGAUUACUUAGGGACAUCUUAGUAAAUUUUGUGAUUUUUUUACAAGAACUUAUUCUUUUUUUUUUACAUAAAGUAGAUUGUCCAUUGGUUUAGUUUUUCA